AUGCGCUCAUACAUCCCUCUCAUCAUCGGUGCCUGCUUGGCUAUUGCUGCUCGAGGCUCUGCAAGCUACGCCGGAGACCGUCCGAUCCUUCCUCGUCGUAUCACCUGCAUGCCCUCAGAUUCUGGCGGAUGCGCUAGUUGUGGCGCUGAUUACGUCCAAUGCGGUCCGGAUACUUGCUAUAACCCAUCUGCUGGCGAAGUCUGUUGUUCAAACAAAUGUUGCGAUCUCAAGCACGGCUCGUUCCGUGAUGCAGACUGCGAUGACGACAACAAAGACCACGGUGCAAAGAUGAACAUUGUGUCCACCUCAUCGACCACGGCUGCAACGACUCCUGCAAGUUCCUCUGUGACGAGCUCCAGUGACUCAACAUCGACCACGAGUUACACCACCACCAUCACUUCGACUACCACAAGUACCGUGACUGUCAGUAUGACGUCCUCUUCUGCCGAUGUUUGCUCUCUCAGUGGCGCUACGACUGGUCUACCCUUGACCACGACAAUGGCGCCGUUUGGUAACUCCACCACGGUGGCUUUGAACACGACCACUUCGACCGUCGCGGUAACAAAUGUAUCCACGACCAGUCCUGCUUCUGUUUCCAUCCCUAUUAACGCGACGGUCCCCACGAAGAGCAUUGUCCCUCCUAUCAACGGAUUCACGGGCGCUGCCACGGAUCUACAGGGUCAAUCUUCGACAUCUUUGUUCGCACUUGGUUCUUUGGUGUUUAUGGCUGCUCUCUUGGUUUAG